UUCCACAUUCAUCGUGGCCUAGCCCUCUUGCAUAAUUUUUAUCCUUGCUUAAUUGUCUUAGAACUAGCAAAGUAACAAUGAAGAGUUCAUGUAGCAAAAGCAGUUAUUACUACUUUUGGUUUUGGCUAAUCAAUAUGCUCCUGUUGCAUUUGGCAGUAAGGUCCCAACUCACCACAGAUUUUUAUAACUCCUCAUGUCCUAGCCUUCUCAAAAUAGUAAGAAGAGAAGUUAAAAAAGCUCUAAUGAAUGAAAUGCGAAUGGGUGGUUCUUUGCUUCGCCUUCACUUUCAUGAUUGCUUUGUCAAUGGUUGUGAUGGAUCAAUAUUACUAGAUGGUGGUGAUGAUGUUGAAAAGUCUGCUCUUCCCAACUUGAACUCUGUUAGGGGAUUUGAUGUCAUAGAUACAAUCAAAAGUUCAGUGGAGAGUGCUUGUAAUGGGGUUGUGUCCUGUGCUGAUAUAGUAGCCAUAGCUGCCAGAGACUCUGUUCUGCUAAGUGGUGGUCCUUCAUGGAGUGUUCUGCUAGGACGAAGAGAUGGAACAGUCUCAAAUGGAUCAUUGGCAAAUCAAGUGCUUCCUUCUCCAUUUGAUCCAUUGGAUUCAAUCGUUACAAAAUUUGCUAAUGUAGGCCUCAAUCUCACAGAUGUUGUUUCUUUAUCAGGUGCUCAUACAAUUGGCCGAUCAAGGUGUGUAUUUUUCAGCAACAGAUUGUCCAACUUCUCAGGAACAGGUGCACCAGACAGUACCUUAGACUCAACCAUGCUCACCGAUCUGCAAAAUUUAUGUCCUCAAAAUGGAGAUGGAAACACAACCGCGGUCCUCGAUCGGAACUCGUCGGAUCUAUUCGACAACCACUACUUCAAGAACUUGCUCAGCGGAAAGGGCAUUCUCAGUUCUGAUCAGAUUCUGUUUUCUAGUGAUGCCGCUAAUUCAACUACCAAACCUUUAGUUCAAAGCUAUAGCAACAAUGCUGCACUUUUCUUUGUAGACUUUGUCAAUUCUAUGAUCAAGAUGGGGAAUAUUAAUCCAAAGACUGGGUCUGAUGGAGAGAUUAGGAAGAAUUGCAGGGUGAUAAAUUCUUAGAAAUGUGCAUCAUGCUUGGGAAAAUAUGAAAUGGUUUCCUUAGGUUGGUGUGGUUAUGUGUAACUCACUUGUUAUAAUAUUGUAAGGGAAUUUGGGAUAGUGGGGUUUGCUUUUCAGGUCCCAUAUGUGGAACGUGAGAAACUAACCCAAUAAAAGACAAACUAUAAAUAAAUAAAGAGUUUCAGUUGAA